GAUGGAAGGUGGGGAGAAGGGCAGUAAUGGCGGGUGGCGAUGGCUGGCUGGUCCAGCUUUUUGGGUACCAGGACGGUGGGCUUUUUCAAGGAGAGAGAGUGGAGAUAGAAAUUGAGCAAGUCAAGUCAGACGGGAUAAGGCUUCCAACUAGUCUAGCAGAAAGGAAGAGAAGGAGCGGACCGCUCGCCGCCUGUCAACCGUUGGAUUAGAUUCUCUGCGAAAAUCACAAACCUGCCAUCCAUCCUCCCAUGACCCAUCAUAUUCCUCAAACUGUGUCCUUCUUUCUGGCUCAUCGGCUUAGCUAUGCUCUUCC